AUGAACGUGGAAGUCUUAGCUCGCGUUCGGCCUCCAAAACGGGGAGAGAACUUUUCUCUCAAUCUUUCUGGGACUCGUGUACAAGCAGGCGAUGGAACUGGUCACAUUUUCAGUGCGGUACACAAGUCUGAGUCACUGACUUAUGAUAUAUUUAGAGAUGCAUUUUCCUCUCUUGUGGACCUCUUGGUUUCUGGUUACAACGUCUGUGUACUGGUUUUUGGCGAAACAGGCUCGGGAAAGUCUUACUCUGUUGCCGGAGAGAAAACUUCAAAGGCAGGAUUAGUUCCUUUGAUUAUAAACGCCGUGUUCACGCGAAUAAAAAAUGAGAGAUCGGCAAGAAGAGAUUUAAGGGUGCAAAGAAAUGACCUUAACGACGGGGUUGUUUACGUGCAGUUGUACGAAGUUUACAAUGAGAAAGUAAGAGAUCUACUUGUGCUUCCUCAUGAGGGUAAGUGCUGAUAUCCUAGUGAUGUCUUAUGUGGCGGCUCUUGCAGCGUGAAAGAUUUGCAGCCCAGAAGUAGUUGACUGGAUGAAAUGAUACAGUGGUUGUGAACCUCUUGACCGCCAGAGGGGGGUUGGAGAAGGAAAUUAUGACUUCCAUUUCCCACCCCUUCCCCCCACCAACACAGUUACCCACAUAUACUCUAAGUUAAGACCAAAUCCACCCUGAUGGGUAAUCCCUUUAGUGAAUAAUCCGGACCAACACUCAGGGUAUUUAACGACGGUAGGGUUACCGGUAGCUCAGUCAGUAGAGCGCUUGACUGCAGAGCAGGAGGUCAUGGGUUCCUGGGGCUGGACCAACACUCAGGGUCUUAAAAUAACCUGGAAAUGAAGGUACUCCCUUUGCACUACACUUCACGUGGUGCCACGGAUGACCACUUAAAAUGGCGGUCGCAUCUCCAGUUGGAGAUGUAAGAAUAGUGUCCCCAAUUAGUACUUUAUUGCUAAAUACCCUGACACUGAAAUAAAGUGUUUUUUUGUAUGAUCAAGGUAGAUUUUAAAAGAGCCUGGUGAGCUUUUCUCAAAAGACCCAGAAACAUUUCAGACCCAUAACAGGCUGGAAAGCUGUUAUGCUUGUAUUCAAGAAGUAGCUUGUAAAAACAGCCGACAUUUGAAUGCGCUUCCACUGGUUCCCUUGUGAACCGGGGGAACUAGUCAGGGUUGUCAUUAAGAGCUGGGGGCCGGGGAUUUUCCCCGGCUACUAAGAGAGUGGCCCCCGGCUACUUUUAUUGGAAAAUAGAAGAAAAAUAGAACCAAAAGAAAUCCUUAGCCGUUUGAUUCCCCGCUUACUUGUUGUAUUCACCCGGCAACUUGAAAUCUUAGUGACAACCCUGCUAGUGGUGGCAUUGUGAAGUGUCUACUGUUUACUCAGGCUACCAAGAAAGAGGUUCAAGUAAUUUUGCAGAUAUCCUUACAUGUCAUAAUAAGAUGUAGAUUUUGAUGUGAAUAUUUGAUGUUGGUCCCGAAAGGUCACCAAGACUGGCCCCCGUGAGCUGAGUGCAAUUUCUUACAGCUUAGCUUAGCACUUGGUUACCAGGAACUUUCACUCAUAAAUGCUGUAAAAUGCGGUGUUGAAUGUGGUCUAGUACAGGCUUAAGUUUCUCAGGAUCCCAUGGGAUGGCACUCACACCCACAACAGCCCAGUGAAAAUGUUAUUCAGUAGUAGGCAAGGUAACUGCUGUAAUUGGCAGCAAGGGCUUCUGAUUGUGUAGAUCUCACUUAGCAUUAUCAAGUUUACAAAUGUAAGUAUUGAUCUUCACGAUCCACAAAAUUGAUUGAGUAGCAGUUUUUUCCACUGAACCAGAUUUUAUACAAAUUACAUGUAAAGCUGAAGAAUUAGUGUGCAGAAUACCUGUAACUUUACCUUGUGUUCUAUCAAUGCACUUUCUGUGGAACUUCAGGUGGCUUAUAAAUCAACAUUAUUUUUAAUAAUUUUUCCAGAAAGACACAUUGAUGUGCAUGAGGAUGGACGAAAUGGAGUUUAUUUGCAAAAUGCUACUUAUAAGAGAACCGCUGAUGCUGCAGAAUGCACCAGCUUGUUUCGUCAAGGAUGGGCAAACAGAACGAAAGGGCCGAUUGAUUAUGAAACUAGGGCAGCUGUGUUCUUUGCUCUU